UCCAUGGUUUGCUUCCAGGGUUUACUCGAGUUAUCCAGCUGAUUCACUGUUGCUGUGAAAACAGGGCUGAGCAGGCUAUUGAAAGCCACAGAAACCAGAAGAAACUAGUCAUGAAAACCCUGACUAUCAGCUGACAGAUUUCUUCCUGAGAACUCAUAAUUGAGCAUUUUUUUCCAGACUAGAGCAAAUCUUCAGGAGCUGACCAGGAUCCGGAGCUGUUUCAGCCCAACUUGGCUCUGAUCUCUUUGGUCAUGCUGGAGGGUGCCGAGUUCUACUUUAACGUGGACCAUGGCUACCUGGAAGGCCUGGUGCGAGGGUGCAAGGCCAGCCUGUUGACCCAGCAGGACUACAUCAACCUGGUCCAGUGCGAGACCCUGGAAGAUGUGAAAAUUCAUCUCCAGACCACUGAUUAUGGCAACUUCUUGGCUAAUCAAACAAAUCCUCUUACUGUUUCCAAAAUUGACACGGAGAUGAGGAAAAAGCUGUGCAGAGAAUUUGAAUAUUUCCGGAAUCAUUCCCUGGAACCUCUGAGCACAUUUUUUACAUACAUGACGUGCAGUUACAUGAUAGACAAUGUGAUUCUAUUGAUGAACGGUGCAUUGCAAAAAAAAUCUGUGAAAGAAAUUCUGGUGAAGUGCCACCCACUGGGCCGUUUCACAGAAAUGGAAGCAGUCAACAUUGCUGAGACACCUUCGGACCUCUUCAAUGCUGUUCUGGUUGAAACACCAUUAGCUCCAUUCUUUCAAGACUGCAUGUCUGAAAAUACCCUAGAUGAACUGAAUAUUGAAUUACUGCGCAAUAAACUGUACAAGUCUUACCUCGAGGCAUUCUAUAAAUUCUGUAAGAAUCAUGGUGAUGUCACAGCAGAAAUCAUGUGUCCCAUUCUUGAGUUUGAGGCUGACAGACGUGCUUUUAUCAUCACUCUUAACUCCUUUGGCACUGAACUGAGCAAAGACGACCGGGAGACCCUCUACCCGACCUGUGGCAAGCUGUACCCUGAGGGGCUGCGCCUGUUGGCUCAAGCAGAAGACUUCGAUCAGAUGAGGAGAGUAGCAGACCAUUAUGGAGUAUAUAAGCCUUUGUUUGAGGCUGUAGGUGAUGGCAGUGGAGGAAAGACGUUGGAGGAUGUGUUUUAUGAGCGUGAGGUACAAAUGAAUGUGCUGGCAUUCAACAGGCAAUUCCACUAUGGUGUGUUUUAUGCAUACACAAAGCUGAAGGAACAAGAAAUGAGAAAUAUCGUGUGGAUAGCAGAAUGCAUUUCACAAAGACAUCGAACUAAAAUUAACAGUUACAUUCCAAUUUUAUAACCCAGUGAGGGACCUCACAUGUGGAAAAUCUUACAUAUCAUCUCUGCAGGUGGUCCAGACAAACAUUGUUUCUGCACAUGUCACCUACAAGUGAGUCUUGGACCUGGAAGGACUACCACUAUACCGUUAGAAGACAGAAAUGCCAUUCCCAGAGCCAGAUAUGAAUAAGCAACUCCAGUUGACAAUGUACCCAUCUUGUUUUCCAAGAAGACUUGGCAGCACCAGAUUCAUUGAUAUUGAAUCUAGCUCUCCGGAGGUAAAAGCCAUUAUCACUUUGGUCAUUUUUUGAACAAACAGCAAUUCUAGAAUUUAAAUAAUUUAUACAUUUUCAUAUCCUAUUUUUGUUGGUUUUUAAAAUGAACUAUUCUCUUAUUCGUGCUGAGAUAUACAUUUUUUUGUAUAAGAUGCUUGCAGCUUUUCAUUUUUGGUUUGUUUCAAUGCGGGAUUUCUUUUUAAUUUUCUGUUUUUACUUAAAUAUAAGAGUGGAAUACUAAUAUAUUUCAGUUUAUUUCUGCAACAUCAGGAAUUUUUAAAAAUUAAAGAUUUUUUUUCAGCUUUUGUUGAAGUAUAAUUGACAAAUAAAAUUGUAAGAUAUUUAAAGGGUACAAUGUGGUGAUUCCAUAUAUAUGUACAUUGUGAAAGAAGUCCCCCAUUGAGUUAUUUAUGCAUCCAUCACUUCACAUAGUUAUCUUUUUCCCCCAUGAGAACAUUUAAGUUCUGCUGUCUUAGCAAAUUUCAGUUAUACAAUACAAUGUUAUCAACAAUAGUCACCAUGUUAUUCAUUAGAUCCUCAAAUCUUAUUCAUUUUAGAACUGAAUGUUUGUCUCCUUUUACUAACCUCUCUAUAUCUUCCCAUAUUCCAGCCUCUAGCAUCUACUUUUCUACUCAUUAUUUCUAGGGGUUAAUUUUUUUCUUUUUUUAGAUUUCACGUGUAAGUGAAAAUUAAAAGGAAACAUAUGGCUAAGAUUUUAAUAAUCUUCACGAUUAGAUUUUUUAAUUCAAUAAUAUUUUACUUAAGAUUUUCAGAGCCCAUGGGGCAUCGGUGGCUCAGUCGGUUAAGCAUCCGACUUCGGCUCAGGUCAUGAUCUCGCAGUCCGUGAGUUCGAGCCCCGCGACGGGCUCUGUGCUGACAGCUCAGAGCCUGGAGCCUGUUUCGGAUUCUGUGUCUCCCUCUCUCUGACCCUCCCCGUUCAUGCUCUGUCUCUCUCUGUCUCAAAAAUAAAUAAACGUUUAAAAAAAAAAAAAAAAGAA